GACAAACAUGACGUCAGCUGGCGGAGUCCGUCAAUGCGGUAGUGACAGCGAAGGAACGCACUGACUGGAAAAGCACCCUGGAUUAAUCAAACCUGACACUAAAACUAAGCUUGAAACCUGGGCUGAAGGCGAUCGGAAGAGAGCCCGAGGCCGCGGAACAGCAUGGGGAACGCGGAGAGCGGCUGUGGCGCGGGGAGCGGCGAUGAGGAGGACGUUGAAACGGAGAGUCCCGUGUUCGCGGAGGGCAGCCCGGCCUCUGCGGCCACUGGCACCAGGGCCGGUAGCGGAGGUGGUGGUGGCGGCGGCGGAGCGGGAGGAGCAGCGGCGGCGGGCUCCGCUGGCCCAGGGAGAAGUGGAAGAGGGUCGGCGAACCCACCGGCACCGAGUCACGGGCUUCCCACUCCCGAAGCUCUGCUGGAGCAGGUGAAGCUGCGAGAGGCAGCGGCCCGUAUGAGCGACUCGUGGGUCGCCAUUUCGGAGUCGGUUCUGGCGCGCAACGAGAGCGCUCUGGUGCGCUGGCUGGAGGAGAGGCUGAGCCGCGGAGAGGAGUCCGUCACCCUGGAGCAGUUCUGCGAGAUGCUGGAGAGCAGAGACGCGGCCAGAGACGAGUGUGAGGAGGCCUUUGGUCAGUUUGAUGCUGAGGGUGAUGGGAUUGUGGAUGUGGAGAACAUGCUCAUGGCACUAAGGAACUCCAAUGGAGCCAAUCUGCAGGGAGAACUGAGUCAUGUGAUCAGGCAGCUCCAGGCAUGCUCUUUGACACCAGGAUUUGUGGAUAUCUUCUCCAAGUCCAAGGACCGCCUUAAAGCACAUGCCUCCAAAAUCCUGAAAUUUUUGCACCGGAAUCGCAUCCCCAGCAACGUCAUCCCCUUCCCUGUGCUGGAUGGCUACAACAGCAUCUGCACCAUGAGGACGUCUGUAGUGCAGGACUUCCUGGAUUACCUGCUGCAGAAAGAGAAAGAUCUAGACAUCCAGUACAGGGCAGAACUCAAUCAUGACCCAGACGUGGAUAAGGUCAAAGUGGUCACUCAGUGCUUCAGCUUCAUCGAGGCUUCAUCCAAUAAUACAGACGUCAACAAGCUGACCAAUGGCGAGACGGUGUCUUUCUGGCAGUCGGACGGCAGUGCUCGCUCACACUGGAUAAGGUUAAAAAUGAAGCCAGACAUAGUUUUGAGACGGUUGGCAAUUGCAGUUGCAUCUAAUGACCACAGUUACAUGCCGCAGCUGGUGUCUAUAGCGGUUGGGAAGAACAGGCGCUCCCUGCAGGAGAUCAGAGACGUGAGGAUCCCCAGUAACAUCACGGGUUAUGUACCGCUGCUAGAAAAUGCCAACAUCAGCCAUCCCUAUAUUCAGAUAAACAUUAAGCGCUGCCUUAGUGAUGGCUGUGACACGCGUAUUCAUGGUCUGAAAACAAUGGGCUACCAGAUCACCAAGAGUAAAGAGGUUUCGGUAUCCGACGCCUCGGCUAUAUGGUAUCUGUCUCUCCUCACAUCGCUGGUCACCGCUUCAAUGGAAACAAACCCUGUGCUUGCACAGACAGUCCUACAAAGCACACAGAAAGCCUUACAGCACAUGCCACCCCUGUCUCUAACUCCUUCCUCAACUGAGUUCCCCAAAUUCUUCUCUGCAAACAUUCUGGAAGAGGUGGACGGCUUUUUACUGCGCAUAGCAAACUGCUGUGUUUCUCCUGAGGCCGAGCUGACUCUUUUAGCAUUCGCUUUGGCUCGGGGCAGUGUGGCUAAAGUCCUCAUCUCUCUCUCUGGAAUCUGUGGGCAUCUGGACUCAGAAUACCGAGCUUCCUCACUGCUGGCCUCAAUGUCGUCAGUCCGGUUAAGAUUACUCCACCGCAACGGUAAACCUCUGCAGCUCCAUCUGAUGGCGUGUGAUGUUAAGAGUAAAGAGGAGAAGUCUGGCCCAGAAAAUAUGCUGACGGAGCCCAACACUGGAGAUGGCUUUCUGACAGAGAAUGGAAAGAGGAAAGCCAGUGUGAUUUUGUCCACUGAAAACCAGAGCUGCUUCCAGGUCACACAGAUCAAGAUAAAAGUGCGUAAAGGAGCCAUUGGUGCUAAAUGUGGCUUGGUGUUUGCCUACAAUGACUGCGAGGUGUUUGAUGCCGAUAAACAUUUCAAGAGAUUCAAGAAGUAUGACAGCUGGGAUUAUAAGGACUAUAAGGAAUUUGUCCAAGACAGCACGAGGAUAACAGAGAGCAGUGAGGAAGAGCCCAUUGGCUGGUUUGAGGUCGAGGAGGACUGGAAUGACGUGGACAUCAAGCUACAGCAAUGCAGAGUAUCAAAAUUUCUGAUGGUGAAGUUCCUGUGUGCGCGGCAGGACACAGCGGAGCGGCUCGGGGUCCAGCAGUUGAUUUUCAGUGGUUAUUUGUGUCCAGACUCAGAGCGGAUGGAGGACGUGGAGGAUCUGAGCGCUCAGGCCGAGGGAAGCGACUCGGGUCUGGUUACUGGUCUCGCGCUCAUGAAGAAAACUCUUUAUUUCAUCCAGCAGCUCACCAGAGAUAUGGAUGUGUCUCUGUCAAAGCAGAAGACCCUGCUGGACUUCAGUGACCUCAACCUUCUGCUGUUCUGGGACUUUUACCGCAAACUCAGAUCCAUUGAAGGAGAAGAGGCCAUAAAGACAAGAGUUCUCCUUCUUCAGCUGCUCCAGAACUGCUUCCCAAUGUUGCCCAGUCCGACCGAGUCCCAGCCGUCAGAUCUCUCAGCAUCAGCCUCAGCAUCGCCUUCAGGCAGCUCAGAUGUGGACCCCGCAGAAGCUGUUGGAGAGCUCUGUAGACAUUUAUGUCAAGUGGUGGACGGGCCUGAAGGAGAGACUGCAGCAGAAAAAGCUCUGAGGAAAGAAGCUGUGAAAGCCAUCCUCAACGGAGCUGCCAUCUUCUACCCAGAUAAACAGAGCCGGAGGGACAAACUCUUUCACAUGAUGAAAAACAUAACUGAGGAGAAUCAGCCGGAGUCUGUGAAGCUGACGUUUGAGUCUCUCUGCAGCUACUUCAGUGAUCAGGACCCAAAAGGUCUUCUUAUGCUGCCCCCUAAAGGAGCCCCAUCUGACUUUGACAUCUCCCCUGUCCUGAGCGUCAUGGACACCCUGCUUAUUGUGGCCAGUAGAGAGUGUGAGGUGCUGAUGUCAGAGUCCAGUGGAGGGUCCAUUUGGAGGGUCCUGCUGUCUCUGUUUUGGGCUCUACAGGGUAGUUUGCUAUCCUGGUGCUUCCUGCAGCUCAAAGGAGGAACUGCUACCUCCUCUGAUCUGGCCAGGGAAAUCCUGCUCAAAUAUGUGGAGCAGUUCCUGUCAGGCACCAGAGACAUACUGAUUCCUCUUACUAAGAGCUUUUCUGGAGCUGAUAUUAUGAAGAAACUCAGUGGAUCAAUCCUCGCAAUGGCAACAAGACAGCUGACAAUCUUCCUCCUGGAGCUGUGUGCUCUGGAUAUUCCUCACUGUGUGCUGCUCAAGAGAUUUUACCCCAUUUCAGACCUGCUGAAGAAUAUGUCUAGUGACACAGAUGACAUCUUCUCUAAGGUUGAUUUAGAAGGCUGUCAGCAGCCUCAGCAGCCUGUUGUGUUGAGGACAUGGCAGAUGGAGUCUCCUCAUAACUAUGAGAACAGCAGACAUGAGACCACCGUCUUUGUCUGUCCCGGAGCCACUUCCUUUGAGGUGGAGUUUGAUGCUCGCUGUGAGACAGAGAAAAGGUAUGACUAUCUGGAGUUCACUGAUGCUAGAGGAGGGAAAGUGCGCUAUGAUAUGAAGGUUGGCACAGAGAAAUGGCCAAAGAAAGUGACGUUUAAAGCAGGUCCCCAGCUGCAGUUUCUGUUCCACUCAGACAGCAGUAAUAAUGAAUGGGGUUAUAAGUUCACUGUGACGGCGUAUGGCCUGCCGGACGUCACUGUGUCCUGGACCUCAGACCUGCAGCUGCUCGUGUCCAGGCUGAUGGGCCGUCUGGCGUCCCGCACCAUGGCUUUAAAAUCACCAUACGAGAUCCGCGGUGUGAAGGAAUUACCUGCAACCUUGAUGAACCACAUCCUGUCGUGUCCUCUGUGGAAACCUGUGUUCAGACAUGGACUAAGUGGCCUUCCUGGGGAACAGAAGUUAGCUUUGGCCAGCCCAGAAGCCAGCCAGGAAGAUCCGGCUCCUCUGGGAGACGAGCUGGUGGAGUUCCUGAAGGAAUUUGCCCGAUGGGAUCCUUCCCAGGAUUCUUCUGAUGGCAGAACAGAGCUCAUGAGAACCCUUUUGGUGAACUGCAAGAAGCAGUUGAUCAGAAACGAGAUUGCUUCAGGCUUAAAAGUGGACCAGGCUGUUAAUGCCAUCUGGGCAGCUAUGGUUUAUCACACACCCGCUCUUCACCCCUGCCUGAAAAGCUUCGUUGCUAAGAAUGGCCAGAGUGGUCUCAGUGAGGAUCUUGUGCAGGUCUACACUCUCGCGGAUGGCAUCAGAACAUGGAUGUUGGAGAUGAAACAGCGCUACCUUAUGGGUAAAAUGAAUGGAGUAGAGGAAAAAGACGAAGGACAGAAUGAGGUUACAAUGGAAUCACUUGCUGAAGUUUGCAUCAGUAGAAGUUUGUUCCUCUUCCAGUUCAGCCCAAGCGGUGGAACCUCUGCACCUCAGGAUCAAGAGACUUCCAGACCUGAAGACAUUGCUUGUGCUGCUCCUCUUCUCCGCUCCAUUUCCACCUCAGAAGGAGAUUUCCAGCCCAGUCCGUCUCUCUCCAUUUCCCAGACCCCUCAUGGAGCAGAAGCAGUGACGUCCCCUGUGUCUGCUUCUCGCGAGCGGACACAGGACCAAAGUUUCUCUGCUUCAGGUGAUGCAGGAGCAUCUGGCAGCAUCAGUUCUCAGGGUGCCACAGGCUCCUCAGAAAGUCUUCAGUCGCAAACAGGAGAGCCUCUGUCUCCGUCUGUCUUCCCACGCAAAGCACCGUUCAGCCGGGGACGUCUGAGGCUCCUUUCCUUACGAUCUAUGGAGGAACCUCGCAUGGCACCACCAGUUAAAGAGCGCUUCCCAAUCCUCAAGCACAUCCUCAGCUUUAUGAAGGACAUGGUCAUUAAUGAGAGCAGUGUUCUUCAGACUCUGGCUCUGAAAAAGGCACAGGCUGUAAGUGUGUGUGAGGUACUGGAGCUCGUGCAGCAGUGUAUUCUCACCCUGGGCAAACCGCACCUCUUCCAGGCACCCUGCAUUUUGUUUCUCCAGGAACUCUUGGCUUGCCAGAAAGAUUUCACCAACUACUUUUCUCAGCUUGUGGGCAGCGGGCAGGAGAUGAGGGAACGGGUCAGACACUCGUAUCAUCAGCUGGUUCUCAUGCUAGUUGAAGCUGUGCAAGGCUUCAGUGCCCUGAACGAAAAGGUUCUGCUUCCUGCACUAUCAUGCGUUCAGACUUGUCUGCUGCAUUUGCUGGACAUGAGCUGGGAAGCUGAAGACUUGUCGCUGUUUCUUGAUAUUAAACUGCCGGAUCUCCUGCUUGCCAUGUCCCAGGAAAACAUCAGUGUGCAUGACAUUGCUAUAAGUCAGUGGACAGAGGAGGACGAGAUCGCUGACUACGAGAGGAACUGUGAAUGGAUGGAUGAGUGUUUGGACGGCAUGUUUGAGAAAUGGUUUGACAAGAUCAGCCAGGCCUCGGUGGAGGACAAGAGAAAGAUGCACAUGUUCAUUGCACGCUACUGUGACCUGCUGAAUGUGGAAAUUUCGUGUGACGGCUGUGAGCGGAUCGCACCGUGGCAUCGCUAUCGCUGUCUACAGUGUACAGACAUGGACCUUUGCAAGACCUGCUUCCUCAGCGGUGCAAAACCCGAAGGCCACGAGGAUGACCAUGAGAUGGUGAACAUGGAGUAUGCCUGUGACCACUGCCAGGGCCUCAUCGUGGGCAGCAGGAUCAACUGUAAUGUAUGUGAGGACUUCGAUCUCUGCUUUGGCUGUUACAAUGCCAAGAAAUACCCAGACAGCCAUUUACCCACCCACCGCAUCACUGUAUACCCAAUGGUCACCAUCCGCAUCAGUGACCGCCACAGACUCAUCCAGCCCUACAUCCAUAACUACUCCUGGCUUCUUUUUGCCGCUCUCGCCCUGUUCACCUCUGAGCUGAUCAGCGAGAAAGCACAGGAUGGAGAGUCUCUGGAUGAUGUCACCCUGGGUAAUGCUAGUGCUCUGCAGACCCAGUGCUUCGACAUCAUCAAAGAGUGCCUGCUGAAGGGACAGACUGGGAAAGGUUUGCGAGCCUCUGCUCUGUUGUCUCUGCUUUCUUCAAACGAAUCGGCCACAGUGAGUGAGCUCUGUCCUGCGACGGCAGGUUCAUCUCAGGACAUCAGCAGCACAGACACCUCUUCACUACCCAGCAGCACAACAGCCAUCUGCUCGCCUCCACUGCCCAGAGACAGAGGAGGAGGAGAAGGUGAUGAGAAGAGGAGAAGAAAGCUGGUCUCUCAGGACACCUCAGACUCAUCCUGUGCUAGUCAGACUCCCUCAGUGUCAAGUGAAGACACACUGUCCCCUGGAGUCAGAGGUUCUGAAUCAAGUGGAGACACCAUCACAUCUCCUACCUCAGAGAACUUGGAUGCAUAUAAAGAACAGGAGGAAAAGACAGCCCGGGGGCCUCUGCAGGAGCAUGUGUUCGCCGAAUGCUCCAGGGAGAGGAUUCUGGGAUUGCUGGCAGCCAUGUUACCUGCAACCAAACCGGGCAGCCCGCUGUCAUUGUCCAGCCUGAGCCCCAUCCUGCCUCUGCUGUUCAGAGUGGUGAUCUCCAACGCUGGCUGUCUGAAUGAGACGUAUCACCUGACCCUGGGUCUUCUGGGACAGCUUCUGUUGAGGAUCUGUCCUGCGGAGGCUGAUGCAGCUGUGACCGAGGCUCUGACGGACAAAUUUGAGCUGCUUAACCUUGGUGAUGGAGCAGCACUUGAUGUCGCUGGCUGGAAGACCACACAAUUGCUUUUUAGUCUGGGAGCUGUGUGUCUGGACAGUCGUAUUGGUCUGGACUGGGCCUGCUCAGUGGCGGACAUCCUACGAAACCUAAAUGUUUCCUCCCAGUGGUGCACUGUUUUGGCAUCUUUCACUGACCACUGCAUCCUGCAACUACCACAACAUCUCAAGAGAACAAACCUCUUCACACUGCUGGUGCUCGUGGGCUUCCCUGAGGUGCUGUGUAUGGGCACUCAGGCUGUGUUCAUCGAUAACGCCAAUGAACAACACAACAUGAUUCUGCUCAAACACUUCACAGAGAAGAACCGAGCUGCUGUGGUGGACGUCAAGACUCGCAAGAGGAGAACAGUGAAAGACUACCAGUUAGUCCAAGCCCAUGAGAGUAGCAGCAGGAAUGAUUCAGAGUCUCACGAGGGUCAGGCUGUGUCUCCGAACUCAGCACACCUGAGCCACUACCUGAAGAACUUUACCUCCAUUGUGAGUUUCCUGCUCCAGACAGGGGUAGAGAGCAGUGCACAGGACGCUGUGGAAGCCACCUGGGUGCUCUCUCUUGCUCUUAAAGGACUCUACAACACUUUAAAGAAGCAUGGUGUGGAUCAAGCCCAGGAGGCCCUCCAAGGCUCUGGCCUCAUGCAGCUCCUGGUUCGAAAAUGUAGCAAAGGUACCGGUUUCAGCAAGAUGUGGCUUUUGCGAGACCUAGAGAUCCUCUCCAUCAUGCUGUAUUCCUCCAAGCGAGAGAUUCAUUCGAUGGCGGAGGACGCGGACACUGAGACAGAUGGAGAGAAGGAGAGAGAGAAGGAGCAGGACUCUGACCACUCCAGCUGCUGUGCUGAUGAUGCCGACCCAAACAGACCAGAUCCGUUGGAGGGACUGGACGAAGAGACCAAGAUCUGCUUCCAGAUUACCCAUGAUGCUCUUAAUGCCCCACUGCACAUCCUGAGAGCCAUGUAUGAGCUUCAGAUGAAGAGAACAGACUCUUUCUUCUUGGAGGUGCAGAAGAGGUUUGACGGCGAUGCUAUAAAAACCGACGAGACUAUUCGUACACUGGCGCAGAAGUGGCAGCCAUCUAAAAGACCUCGUUCUGAUGAAAGAAGCACAAAGGCUGUAGAUACUGAUAUUAUUAUUGUGCCCUGUGUGUCUAAACCCACCCGGUGUGAACGAGCCACAGAAGAAACGAAUGUGGUCACGCAGAAGCUCAUCACUAACACAGAGAGUGACCUGCAACUGAGUUAUGCCAAACAACGGCGCACAAAAAGCUCUGCUCUGCUGCAUAAAGAGCUGGACGCCCGCAGUAACAAGGCGGUACGUCAAUAUCUCUUCAAGGUGAACGAGGCCAUUGCUAUCCUGUAUGCUCGGCACGUGUUGGCGACACUGCUGGCCGAUUGGCCAUCUGAUACUCCCAUCAGAGAAGAAGACCUGGAGUUGAGUGGAGCUUCUCACAUGGCCUACAUACUGGACAUGCUCAUGCAGCUUGAGGAGAGACCCAUGUGGGAGAAGAUCUUGCAGAAGGUUCUGAGGGGCUGCAGCCAGAGCAUGCUGGGUAAUCUGUCACUGACAGCUUGCCAGUUUAUGGAGGAGCCUGGUAUGGCAGUGCAAGUCCGUGAGUCCAAGCACCCUUAUGACAACAACACUAACUUUGAGGAUAAGGUCCACAUUCCUGGUGCAAUCUUCUUGUCGGUGAAGUUUGACUCGCGCUGCCACACAGAGGAAGGAUGUGACGAGCUCCUGAUGGCCAGCAGUAGUGACUUCCUGCAGGACCUGCACACGUUCAGCGGGUCUCACCAGAAAUGGACUGACUUUGAGAUUCCAGGGGACACCCUGUACUUCAGAUUUAUAUCAGAUAUGAGCAACACUGAAUGGGGCUACAAGUUCACUGUGACUGGUGGCCAUCGAGGACGUUUCCAGACGGGUUUUGAGAUCCUGAAGCAGAUGCUGGCGGAUGAGCAGGCCCUCACUCAUCUCCCGCUCCCUGACAUCUGGGAGUGGCAGGUUGGUGUCGCCUGUCGUCAAACUGGAAACCAGCGCCUGAAAGCUGUUCAUCUGCUGCUGAGGCUCCUCCAGUGUCCGUCCCAAUGGGCUUGUGACCUGACGCUUCUGCGGCCGCUGUGGCAGCUCUUCACCACUAUGGAGAGUGGUUUGUGUCAAGAUCCUACCAGCAUCACGGUCCUCCUUCCUCUCCAUCGCGCCCUCACGGAGCUCUUCUUCAUUGCUGAAGCAAAAGCCAUGGAGCAGAACGUCCUGCAGGAGUACCUUCUGGCUCUCACUACCAAUGAACAGCUAGUGGUUCGCACAGCACAGGCGCUGAAGAACAUCGCAGCCAUCAGCCUGGCCAUUAAUUACCCAAAUAAAUCCACUAAGCAGCUCAACCUGUCACCCUGAAAGACAGGUGAAAGAACAAUGGAGAUGAGAGAAGGGAAGCUUUCCAGUGGCCAAUGGGAUCGGGAAGUGGCCCACAUAUGGUCUUCCAAGAAAAACCCACCCAUAUCACUGAUAUUUCUUAAAAUCACAAACGUCUUGGAGUCUCUUCAUCAUCGUUUCUCUUUUUUUAUUUUGAACUCGUGUUCAGGUCUAUCAGUGAGAGUUUGGCGCAAUUAAAAAAUAAAAUUACUUCAACUUGUUGAAAACGGUGGUGAAUUAAGUUGAAAAAACUUAAUUCUGUUAGGUGCAACAACUUGAAGUAAUUUUUUUCCCUUCAUUUCUGACUUUUUUUUUCGUGUCCGUUGUGCCAAAUUAGUUUCUCCCCAUUACCUCGUGUUCCUAUCUCCACUACUUGGUUUACUUUUUUAGGUAAAGCGUCUGUUGGGCGAGACAAUUGAUCAAGGAGAAAGCAGGUCACCUUUCCCUGCCUCACACGCUCUCCCUGGAUUCGUCGCCUAAAAAUACGAGGCUGCCAGUCUUACGCUUUUAAGUGGCCCGAGACUAUGAACACAAUAUAUCGAUAUCUAUCUAAAACCGCGGGGGCCUUCUCUCCCUCAGUGGAGCCUGAUGUUUGUUCAAUCUAGCAGCUACACUUGAAAACCUUGCGCUUCUAGACAAAUGUCAGCUGAUGUUUGUGAGUAAAUAAUAUAGAGUGCAGAAGGCGCCGUUUGCCUUAGUGCAGAUUGUGGGUCAGUUAUCAAAGAGGAAUGUCUUGUCUUACAUCGUCCACGAUUCUCAACUCACUCACAAUGCUGCAUAACACCAGGAAAUGUAGAGCACUAUGUACAGAAAUAUCACUUUAAGUUGUGCCGCAUGCAACACUCAACUGAAACACAAUGUCCAGUACUGUUGGUGGAAAAUCGGUUGGUGUUUUUAGAUGUGUUCUGUAUGUAAUAAUGCGGUUGGAGACGGAGUUAUGCGCUGAAAUCGAUAAUCAUAAACUUCAUCUAUCAAAACGGUUUCCUUCUUAUCUAGCGACUUGGAUACUGUUAUCGAAGUUUUAAUUUGCUUUAAAACAUUUAUGUAUUUAUUAUUAUUAUUAUCAAUACAGGGACAUUAUUUGGUUAAUCUUGAGUGAAGCAUUUAAUUGGCUGAUGUGAUUUGGUGCCAUUUUGCAAGAAAGUUCUUAGUUUAUCUAAAAAGUUGUUUUUUUUAUUGAAUUUUUUUUGCCCUGUAGUUUCUUGUUUUAUUUUAUUUUUAUUUUUAUUUUUUUUUAUGAAAUAUGAUUUUUGAGUUUUCUUAAUAAGGAUAUUCAGGUCCAUUAUGGUUUUUAUUUCAGUUUGAUUUCAUUUUAGUGAGAAAGGGAUUGAGAUGGGUGGUUAUUUAUGCCAAAGAAUCAUUACUGUUUGAUCUGAAGCAAAGAACUGUAUAUUUAUCUUCCAGAAAGGAGGGUGUCGCAUUGGAGUGUGUUGGUGGUGGUGUUGUAAUAGAAGAGGUGCAGGGCUCCAGCGGCCGACACAGAUCCUUUAGUUUGUUUACAUGUGUACUAGCAUGGAGCACUGGCUGCGUUUGGUGCCCCUGCUCAGCCUCAGUUCAGGUGGGUUUCAAAAAAGUCAGCCUGGAAAACUUCCUGUCACUAUAAAGCCUCAGAUAUUAACGAACGAUGUGCCUAUGUUUAAAAUGAAGCAAUCUUAAUUUAAUCUUCAUAUCAUUGUAAAAGUCCUCUCUUCAACUAUAUUUUUUAAAGGAAAUGAUAUAGUUUAAUUUGGAGCAUUUUCUAUCUAUUUUAUUUUUACGAAUGUUUUUUUUUGGUUCAUGGCUUCAAUUGCUUUGAAUAUGACAUGAAUGUAUAUAGUUGUGAAUAUAGAUAAUUGCAUAAACAAUUGAUAUGAAAAUGCGUUUUCAUGUCUGCCCUUCACGUUAAAGAAAAGUCUGAAUAAUGUAAUAUAUUGUUGUAAGUUUACACUUGAUCCUUUUCAAUUGAUUUGCUACAGUAUGUCACGCCAAAAAAAUAUGCUUUGGGUUGAUGCUCAUUUGUUUUUAAUUAAAAAAUUAAGAUAUGAAAAU